ACGCCAGAUGGAAACUAUUUUAGAAUCUCAACACAUUGUGCAAGCUUGUGAGAAAAUAAACUCACUAUGGAACAAGCUAAGUUCUGAUACAGAUACUAUCUUCAAGAAUUUCAAUCAUUUUGAGCUGUUAUUGAUAAUUGUUGGUGGAUACAUUCUUUGCCUGGUCUUAUGCAGGACAGUUAGCUCUCCUCGCUUUCAGAGAAUGCUAAACUUUAUGUGCUGAAAAAGAAGGAAUAACUAUGAGCAAUAUCUGACUGAAGAAGAGAAGGAAGAAGCAAAAGAGCAAUGGCUACGCAACACCAAAUGUGACGUGAAGAGAGUUUACUCUGAAUUACCAAUGCAGCCUCUUAAAGAUAAGGAAUUUAAUAAAUUGAUUAAAGAGCUAGACGAGCAAAAUGGUCUUACUGUCGAUGGUAAAAUUGUUGCAAAGAACAAGUAUAAGAGUGUGGAAGAAAUGAACUCUGAAGUGGAGAAGCUUGCUUGCAAAACAAGUGGAACAUUCUUCAAAUCAAAUCCUCUACAUUAUGAUAUUUUCGGCGGAAACUGCCAGAUGGAAGCAGAGAUUAUCAAGAUGUGAGUUGACAUGUAUAAAGGAGAUAAAGAAGCUUGCGGGAUACUUGACUCUUCAGAAGCGGAUUGUAUUAGAAACGCUCUCUUUGCUUACAGAAAUUGGGGGAAAGAGCAAAAAGGCAUUACAAAGCCAAACGUCAUUGCUCCCCAGACAUUUGACCCAAGCCUCGAAAGAUCUGGAGAUCUUAUCGAUGUUGAGAUAAGGAGAAUCCCUGUUAAUCAAAAUGCUCAGAUAAAUCCAAGAGAUAUCUCGCUUUUUGUUGAUGAAAAUACAGUGGCUAUAUUCUUCAGUUACCCAGAUGGAGUCUUUGGAGUAUUUGAUCCUGUCAAACCAAUUGCAGAAUAUUGCAACAGACACUGAAUAGGAUUCCAUAUCGAUUGCAAUUACAGCUCUUUCUUACUUGGCCCUAAAGAGGUACAUUUUGGUGAUGGAAACUAUGCUAAUUUCCUUACUGAGGGUGUCACAACAAUUGGAGUUUCCUUGAGCAAAUAUGGCCUUGGAUUCCCAGGAACAGCAUGUUUGAUUUAUAGAACAAGAGUACUCAGAAAGUAUCAAUACUAUGCUCAUUUCAAUUGGAAUGGAGGAAUGUAUGCUUCACCAAAUCUUUCAGGAAGCCGUUACGCCUCUGCAACUAGUGCAUCUUGGGUGAGAAUUUUGGGUACAGGUAAAGACAAUUAUAUCCAAAAGGCUAAUGACAUCAUCUUCUCUACAAAUGUUCUAAGAAAAAAUCUGGAAGAAAACAAAGAAUAUAUAGAAAUUUUGACUCAAAACAACCUUAGUAUCAUGGCCUUUAGACUGAAAAAUAAUUGCAAUAACUACAAUCUUGCUGAUUUCUUGCGUAGCAAGGAUGUUGAUGUUGUGAACACUAUAAAUCCUAGCUCGAUUAGUUUCACUGUUACAGAAGCGACUAAAAAGAUGAUUCCUAAGCUUAAGAUUUAUAUCAACAAAUACAUCAAAGACUACAUUGAGACAAACAAAGAAUAUGAAGGAGAAGGAAUUCAGCAAUUUUAUGAGACCAAAGAGACUCUUUACAAUUACCUCUCCACCAAGCACACCCUCCCAACCUUAUUAGAAAGCAACGAAGAAGAAGAGAAGGCUCAAUAACCCCUUCAAUCUCCUCAAAAACACCUAUAUUCUCUUAUAUGGGAC